AUGAAGGAGCUCGGAGAAUGUACACUGGGCGACUUCGUCAGUUUCCACGUCAGGCUCAGUGCUGACGGCGCGCCGGUAGCCGUCGAGAUCCGCGGCCUGGCCUCCGGCACGGCGUCGCCCAAUCUUGAGGAGGAGGGCUCUAUGUCUGGCACUGUUUGCGAGAGGAAUGAGGGAGCCGGCACGGGCUUCCUUCGCUGCCCGGGAGUUCAGCAGCUCUGCGGCAAGGACGUCUACUUUCGGAUCAGGGACUUCCCCGACUGUCAGCUGGGGGACACCUUGGGCUUUCGCCUCAUUUGGGACCACCUGGGGCGGCCCAGGGCAGAGCGUCAGGACGAGGAGGGGCUCCUCCAGCGACUCCAGCGCGAGCACACGGGCGUCAUCAAGGAGUUUUAUCCCGACAAGGGAUAUGGCUUUGUGGCCAGCGACUUCUUGCGGACCUCACUUGGGAAGGACCUCUUCUUCAAGAAGUCGGACUUCGACACCUGUGUGCCGGGAGCGACUGUGAGCUUCGUGGCGUGCCGGGAUGCAGAGGGCCGCCUGCACGCUCGCCAGGCAGACUUGCUUCCGAGGAAGCCACGCCAAGACCAGGUGGAGGUCUCCUUGGGGCCUAGUUUUGGGCCCUUGGGCCUGGGUCUUCGUUGUGGCUGGCUCCCAGAGGUGCUCCACAUCCGCGAGGACUUGCGGGGCUUCUGGCUGCAGCAGGGCGUAUGCGUCGGCGAUCGCCUGCUGCAUCUCCAGAGCUCAUCCGAGGCGGUGAGCUUGGAGGGUCUUACACCUGCCCACCUUCGACCGAGACUCCUGGAGCGGCCACUGAAGCUCGUCUUCCUGUGCCUGCAUGACGAGGGCCCGGCCAAGGGUUAA